GUACAACGGCUUGGUGACGGGCGCCAGGGCCAAGGGCAUCAUCGCCAUCUGCUGGGUGCUGUCCUUCGUCAUCGGCCUGACGCCCAUGCUGGGCUGGAACAGCUGCGGCCAGCCCAGGUCCAAGGAGGACGGGAACCACUCGAAGGACUGCAGGGAGGGCCUGGUGGCCUGCCUCUUCGAGGAAGUGGUGCCCAUGAACUACAUGGUCUACUACAACUUCUUCGCCUGCGUCCUGGUGCCCCUGCUGCUCAUGCUGGGCAUCUACCUGCGCAUCUUCCUGGCGGCGCGGCGGCAGCUGAAGCAGAUGGAGAGCCAGCCGCUGCCGGGCGAACGCACGCGGUCCACGCUGCAGAAGGAGGUGCACGCCGCCAAGUCGCUGGCCAUCAUCGUGGGGCUCUUCGCCCUGUGCUGGCUGCCCCUGCACAUCAUCAACUGCUUCACCUUCUUCUGCCCCGGGUGCGGGCACGCCCCGAACUGGCUCAUGUACCUGGCCAUCAUCCUCUCCCACUCCAACUCCGGGGUGAACCCCUUCAUCUACGCCUACCGCAUCCGCGAGUUUUUCCAGACCUUCCGCAAGAUCAUCCGCAGCCACAUCCUGCGGCGGCGGGAGCCCUUCAAGGCGGGCGGCCCCAGCGCCCGGGCCGGGGCGGCUCAGGGCAGUGACGGGGAGCAGAUCAGCCUGCGCCUCAACGGCCACCCCCCUGGGGUGCUGGCCAACGGCAGCGCCCCCCACCCGGAGCGGCGGCCCAACAGCUUCGCUCUGGGGCUGGUGAGUGGACGGGGAGCCUGCGGGUUCCCUGGGGACACGGGCCUCCCCGACGUGGAGCUCCUCCGCCACGAGCUCGGGGGGCCGUGCCCGGACUCCCCCGGCCUCGAGGGCCCCCUGGCCCCGGACGGAGCAGGCGUGUCCUGAGGAGCCACUGCGCUUGCCCCUUCCCCGGGAAGGGGCUGUUGCUCUUCCCGGUGGGGGAGUGUGACUGCGCCCAGACCUUCCCUCCCCGGGCUGGUUCCCGUGUGGCCCGGAGGGAGCCCGGCUGGCGCAGCCCGCGGCGGGUUUGGAGUCCGAGAGCGGGCGUGUCAUGCGGGGAGACCCUGUGCGGGCCAGGAGCGCAGCACCGGAGCGUCUUGGGUCCGGUCCCCACUCCGGAAGCAUCUAGAAGGGCCACCUCGUCUCUGCAGAGCAGGCCACUGGCCCGGAGGCUGGAGCGUGGCUCCGAGGGGCCCUGCCUGCUCCCCCCCCGCCCCCGGACUCUCCGAGGGUUUGGGAGCUGCUGUGCUUGGCAGUGGUGUUUGACUCUGUUUUCCAGGAGGAAAUUUUAAGCGUGAAGAUACCCUGUCUAUUUCAUUAUUGUCCCUCCCUGUCGUCAGUCCUGCUGCUCACCUGGUCGGCCCCGGGGAGCCCCGGGCAGCCCUCUCCCCCGCCCCCCCCGCCCCGAUGGCCCAGAGCCAUCUCCUGGGGUGACGAAGCUGGGCCCAGGACGAGGACGGGGCGUCGAGAUGGAGCCGGCAGGGGCUGGGGGAGGUCCGGGCUGGCCUGCGUGGGGAGCGGGGAGGCUCCGCCGGCCCAGUGGAGGCCCGCACUGCCUUUCCCUCCGAAGGGAAUGUCUUUUUCUGAGAUAAAAUAAACGUUGAGCCAGUUGUGUUUUAAGCCUGUC